AUGGCUUCGUUGGCGGAGUUGCAGUCCACGCCUGGAGUGUGCGCUAAUCCGGACCCGGCCACCCAGGGGUUCGUGUUCCAGCAGACCAUGUACCGCAUUCGUGAUCCGGUCAAGUCGCUGGACUUCUACACGCGAGUGCUGGGCAUGAGGUUGUUGUCCAAAUUGGAUUUCUCGGACAUGAAGUUCUCGUUGUACUUCCUGGGUUAUGAGGACCUCAAGGACAUCCCCGAGGACGCGGGAGAUCGGACUGUGUGGAUGUUCCGACGUAAGGCCUGUCUGGAGCUGACACACAACUGGGGCACCGAGUCCGACCCCGCAUUCGCCGGCUACCAUAACGGCAACUCGGAUCCGCGGGGGUACGGACACAUCGGCAUUUCCGUACCGGAUGUGUAUGCGGCGUGCAAGCGGUUCGAGGAGUUGGGAGUGGAAUUUCAGAAGAGGCCAGACGACGGCAAAAUGAAGGGUCUGGCCUUCAUCCGCGACCCCGACGGCUACUGGAUAGAGGUCCUCAACGCAGACAACUCCCGCCAGUUCGCCACGUGGGGCAAGUAA